AUGGAGAAAUCCAAUGUGCCUCGGUCAGGCGCCAACACUGACACCAACACCCGCGCUCCCUCAUCCACGCCUCCGUCCACAUCAGAGAAGCCUAGACAAUCACCAGAGAGAUCCAGCACAGAUCCAUUGUCUGAUCCAAAACCUCAACAAACGAAACAGGACCAGGACCAGGACCAGGACCAGGAAAAACACCACAAUCAUGAUCCACACUAUGACCACCAACGCCCUGACGAGGACGUCGAAUCUCGGCACAGACUUUCGGGUUCAGACACCAAUGGCAGCCAUGACUAUACGGACGACGAGGACUGCGAUGACCCAGACGAGAAAGAUCAUCACGAUGGCCACAGACCCUGCCAAUUGGAGAUGCGCCCGACCUGGUCACGACGGAGCAGGAGCCGGCGGGACAGCGCGGGUGCAGGUGCAAGCCCAGGGGCCAAUGCCAGCGCAAGUGGUCUGUCACUCAACCCGACCGUCUCCCGGCGCGACACAGUCCUCUCUAGGAUACGGUCUAGGCCAGCCGUACGCGAGUUCACCCACCCCCUCGUCCACCAGAAAACAUCAGAGGCGGACCUCGUCGACUUCGACGGCCCGGAUGAUCCGUACAAGCCCAUGAACUGGCCCACCAAGAAGAAGGUCACCACCACGCUCCUCUACGGACUCGUGACAAUGUCUGCCACGUGGGCCUCCUCGGCGUACUCGGCGGCUACGACCCAGGUCGCAGGUGAAUUCCACGUCAGCUCCCAGGUCGCGACGCUGGGGACGACCAUCUUCCUGCUCGGCUUCGGGCUGGGGCCUCUACUCUGGGCUCCGCUCUCCGAGGUCUUUGGACGACGGGCCGCGGUUCUCAGUCCCAUGUUCGUCGCAACAUGUUUCUCGUUCGGAACAGCUACGGCUAAGGACAUCCAGACCGUCAUGAUCACGCGCUUCUUUGGCGCCUUCUUCGCCUCCGCCCCUGUGACCAAUACAGGUGGUGUGCUGGGUGACCUCUUCUCGCCAGCACACAGGGGCAUAGCUAUGGCAGGGUACGCUCUCGCCGUGGUAGGGGGCCCUACGGUCGGCCCCAUAGUCUCUGCUGCUGUGGUCCAGGUCUCAUAUCUCGGGUGGAGAUGGACCGAGUUCCUCACCGGCAUCCUGCAGGCGUUUAUGCUGCUGAGCGCAGUCAUUUUUAUCGACGAGACAUAUCCGCCUGUUCUAUUGGUAACAAAAGCACGACGCUUGAGACACGAGUCUGGGAACUGGGCGCUGCACGCCAAGUUCGAGGAGUGGGAUGUGAAUAUCACCGAGCUCGCAAGAAAGUUUCUGGUCAGGCCCAUCCAGUUGCUCUGCACGCCCAUCUGCUUCCUGAUGGCUCUAUAUGCCUCCUUCUGCUAUGGUAUUCUAUACAUGCAGCUGGGCGCCAUCCCUUAUAUAUUCGGCGAGAUCAGGGGCUGGAGCCUCCUUCAAAGCGAGCUGCCAUUCCUGGCCAUCACCCUGGGCUGUAUUACCGGCGCAGCACUCAACAUAUUCAACCAGAUUGCCUACAACAAGGCCUACGACGCAGCCGGUCAGAGGGCCGUCCCCGAGAAGCGGCUCCCACCGAUGAUGUUGGGUUCCGUGAUGUUCGCCGGUGGGCAGUUCAUCACCGCGUGGACAGCGGAGCCGCAGAACGCCCCCUGGAUCGCACCCGUCAUUGGCCUUUUCUUCAUGGGCUGCGGCUUCAACACCAUCUUCCAGGCGGCUCUGAACUACCUCGUCGAUACGUUCAGAAUCAAUGCUGCGAGCAGCGUUGCUGCAAACACGUUCUUGCGCUCGAUGUUUGCGGCGGGCUUGCCGCUGGCCAUCAGCCCGCUAUAUCGCACCCUGGGCGUGGGCCCUGGCCAAAGCAUCUUCGCCGGGUUUGCGACUCUGUUGAUCCCUGUGCCGUUUGUCUUCUAUGUAUUUGGCAAGAGGAUCAGGGCUAGGAGCAAGUGGAGCAGGGCGAGUGUGUACUAG